CGUGAGCGCGAGCCGAGUCGCAUGACGUCAGUGCUGAGAAGAGACAGGUCGGGAGAAGGCGGCUGUAAGGAGGACUAGUUACCAACUAACGGGAAGGGCUUCCACUUCGCCUUGUUCGCCUGCUGACAGAUCUGUGAAAAUGUCUCUAUAUCCCUCACUGGAAGACCUAAAGGUUGACAAAGUCAUCCAGGCACAGACAACUUUUUCUGCAAACCCAGUCAAUCCAGCAAUAUUACCUGCUGCUUCAGCAGCAACGGCUCAGUAUGGUGGGAUGUACCCUAAGCUUUAUCCAGAGCUGGAACAGUACAUGGGCUUAAGUCUCAGUGAAGAUGAAGUACAUAGAAAUAUGUCUAUGGUACCUUCUGCCGGGAACCAGGUAGCAGUACCAACGGCUUUGAACAACAUGGUAGCUCCUGUGUCUGGAAAUGAUGUUGGAAUCCGCAGAGCGGAAAUCAAGCAGGGAAUUCGGGAAGUGAUAUUGUGUAAAGAUCAGGAUGGAAAAAUUGGCCUUCGUCUGAAAUCCAUUGACAAUGGAAUUUUUGUGCAGCUUGUACAAGGCAACUCUCCAGCAUCCUUGGCCGGCUUGAAGUUUGGAGAUCAGAUCUUACAGAUAAAUGGAGAGAACUGUGCCGGAUGGAGCUCGGAUAAAUCACACAAAGUGCUGAAACAAGUCUCUGGAGAAAGAAUCUCUAUGGUUGUUCGUGACAGACCUUUUGAACGCACUAUCACCAUGCACAAGGACAGUACAGGACAUGUUGGAUUUAUAUUUAAAAAUGGCAAAAUCACCUCCAUUGUCAAAGACAGUUCUGCAGCAAGGAACGGCCUCCUCACCGAGCACAAUCUCUGCGAAAUUAAUGGUCAAAAUGUGAUUGGAUUAAAGGAUUCUCAGGUUGCCGAAAUACUUGCGACAUCAGUGAAUGUGGUGACCCUUACCGUUAUGCCAUCCUACAUUUUUGACCAUAUGGUUAAAAGAAUGGCUUCCAGUGUUCUGAAGAGCUUAAUGGAUCAUUCUGUCCCUGAGGUUUAAGGGAGAAAGGAGCAUUUUGGCUGAGCUUGGACUUUUUACUCAGCACCGUCAGGAUAGCGUCUUACACAACGAGAUUUUUAACACUGCAUGUUAGCAUUUCCAUUGUAUUAAUGAGCAACAAUAUAACAAUACCUUACCUGUAGCAGGGGGUAGAUUGUGCCCAGUUAUUUUCAGCAAGGACCUAAUUCUGAUGAUUCCAAUUCAUUAAAAUUCCACUAGGAACAAAAAACUCAGUUCUGGGUAGGGAUGCACCCAAUCCACUAUUUUGGAUUUGGCCGAAUCCUUUGCGAGAGAUUCUGCAGAGUACCGAGCCAAAUUUGAAUUUGUUUAUGCAAAUUAGGGGUGGGAAGGGGAAAACAUUUUUUUUACUUCCUGGUUUUGUGACAAAAAGUCCUGCGAUUUCCCUCCCGACCCUGAUUUGCAUAUACAAAUUAGGAUUUGGAUUCAUUUCGGCCGAAUCCUGCUGAAAAAGGCCGCAUCCCAAACCGAAUCCUGGAUUCAGUGCAUCCCUAGUUCUGGGUAACUGUCAGACUUCCAGAUGUUAUUUACAGCAGGGGUCCCCAAACUUUUUUGGCCAGGGGACCAAAGAAGAGCCACAUUUUUUUGCAAGGACUGGCGGCUCGCCGGCGUCCAAUUUGGCAAGCCGCGUUAAUUGUUAGAUGGCCCACUUCAGGACUGGCUGAGGCCCGACAGUUGGGGACCCCUGAUCUACAGCCAUCGGUAGGAUGUUGGGAAUUGUAGUUCAACAUCUGGAGUUUUGGGAAGUAGCUUCUGGUAUUGCAGAAGUGCCUGGGUAGCAAUGGUUAUCGACUGCUGGUUUAAUAAUGCAAGAGUCGGCCAUCCUCCAUCAUCACUGCACCAUUAUACAUCUGAUCCACACAGGGAGGCAAAUGCACUUUUCUGUUUGUAUGUCUUUCUGCAGCCCAGAAGGCUUGCCUGGUAUAUAUAUAUAGUGAAUAAAGUACCCCCUCUUGUAAAAUAUAAGGAUAUUAGAAGUUACAGAGGAGUUUCAUGACCAUAUAAAAACACGAGGCCGAAGGCCGAGUGUUUUUAUACAGGUCAUGGAACUCCGAGGUAACUUCUAAUAUCCUCAUAUUUUGCAAUUGGGGGUACUUUAUUUAUUAUAAUACACAAGUUUCAAUGAGUCAUGUGACUGAAAUGACAUCAGAACUCACCGUUUAUAAGGAUAUCAUUUACAAGAUAUUCCUGGCUUUUGUGUAUUAUAAAUAUAUAUAUACACACACUCAUAUGCUGUAAUUUUCUAUUUCAUGUACAAGAUGGCUAUUUUCAUACUGUAAGGCAGGAAUGUCAAAUGCAUGCAAUAAAUUAAUUCUCAACAGAUCAGGAUACUAAAGUGUAACUUAACAGGUCUCUGAAAUCCAGAAUGUAUUUAACAUCCUCAGUUUGCUGCUGACUUUCUUAUUAUGGUCUGUCCAUCGCCUGCACUUGUAUUAUUUGUAGGCUCCCUCUGAUUGGCUAACGUGCAUGUUGUAGUCUAAGCACUGAGCUGCUGUUUUUCAGUGAAUUUUUCAUCCUUAGUGUUUGAGCAGUAACUUAAUUACAUUUGCUUUCUCUUAAAUUUCAGUCUACUAUAUUUUGUAUACAGCAUAUCAUGCUUAAAAGAAUAAAGAACAAAUAACUACGGCAA